CGACAUCCAUCUCCUUUCAGACAAACCCACGUUCAGAAAAGAACAGAGAGAGACAUAAAAGAGAUGCAGUUACAUAUAUCUCCAAGCUUGAGACUUGUGACGGUCGUCAAAGGGAAAGGACUAAGAGAGUUCAUAAAAGUGAAGGUUGGUUCAAGAAGAUUCUCGUAUCAAAUGAUGUUUUAUUCUCUGCUCUUCUUUACUUUUCUUCUCCGGCUCGUCUUCCUUCUCUCCACCGUUGAUACUAUCGACGGUGCCUCUCCUUGCUCCUCUCUUGCUUGCUUGGGAAAAAGACUAAAGCCAAAGCUUUUAGGAAGAAGGGUUGAGACUGGUAAUGUCCCAGAAGCUAUGUACCAAGUUUUGGAACAGCCUCUAAGUGAAGAAGAGCUAAAAGGAAGAUCAGACAUACCACAAACACUUGAAGAUUUCAUCUCUGAAGUCAAAAGAAGCAAAUCAGACGCAAGAGAAUUUGCACAAAAGCUUAAAGAAAUGGUGACACUGAUGGAACAGAGAACAAGAACCGCUAAGAUCCAAGAGUAUUUAUACCGACACGUCGCAUCAAGCAGCAUACCAAAACAACUUCACUGCUUAGCUCUCAAACUAGCCAACGAACAUUCCAUAAACGCAGCCGCACGUCUCCAGCUUCCAGAAGCAGAACUAGUCCCAACCUUAGUCGACAACAACUACUUUCACUUUGUCUUGGCUUCAGACAAUGUACUUGCAGCUUCUGUCGUGGCUAAGUCUCUGGUUCAGAACUCCUUAAGGCCUCAUAAGAUCGUUCUUCACAUCAUAACUGAUAGGAAAACUUAUUUCCCUAUGCAAGCUUGGUUCUCACUGCAUCCUCUGUCUCCAGCGGUAAUUGAAGUCAAGGCUCUGCAUCAUUUUGAUUGGUUAUCGAAAGGGAAAGUUCCGGUUUUAGAAGCUAUGGAGAAGGAUCAGAGAGUGAGGUCUCAGUUCAGAGGCGGAUCAUCGGUCAUUGUGGCUGAUAACAACGAGAACCCAGUUGUUGUUGCUGCUAAGUUACAAGCUCUUAGCCCUAAAUACAACUCCAUGAUGAAUCACAUCCGUAUUCAUCUACCAGAGUUGUUUCCGAGCCUAAACAAGGUUGUGUUUCUAGACGAUGACAAUGUGAUCCAAACUGAUCUUUCACCACUUUGGGACAUUGACAUGGAUGGGAAAGUUAAUGGAGCAGUGGAGACAUGUAGAGGAGAAGACAAGUUUGUCAUGUCAAAGAAGUUCAAGAGUUACCUCAAUUUCUCAAACCCGAUCAUUGCCAGAAACUUCGACCCUGAGGAAUGUGCUUGGGCUUACGGGAUGAAUGUUUUCGAUCUAGCGGCUUGGAGAGAGACUAACAUUACCUCCACUUACUAUCAUUGGCUCGACGAGAACUUAAAGUCAGACCUGAGUUUGUGGCAGCUGGGAACCUUGCCUCCAGGGUUGAUAGCUUUCCACGGCCAUGUCCAGACCAUAGAUCCGUUCUGGCAUAUGCUUGGUCUCGGGUACCAAGAGAAAACAAGCUUUUCUGAUGCUGAAAGUGCAGCUGUUGUUCAUUUCAAUGGAAGAGCUAAGCCUUGGCUUGAUAUAGCGUUUCCUCAUCUACGUCCUCUUUGGGCUAAGUAUCUUGAUCCCUCUGAUAGGUUCAUCGAGAGCUGUCACAUUAGAGCAUCAUAAUAAUAAUCACAUACAAACUAAGUUCACACGUUGGCUAAAAGAACCAGAGAAGAGAUUCCCAGAUCAAUUCAUAGGAGCAAACUUUUCUGCAAAUUCACUGGUCAUGUUUUUGCAGUCUCUUCUGUUUCUAAUUCUUUUGUACUUCCAAACUCUAAUGGCGAGAAAAAAAAAACACAUUCUAUAUAUUAAUGUAAGAGCCAUCUGCCUAACUCUACUUAAAUUUACAUGUAAAUAGAUAACAUUGCGCCAAGCAAUUGGAGUUUACAGUUGUUCAGCAGAUAACAGUUAUUCAAACGACCAUAACACGAUAAAA